ACUCGACUUGUUUCAUUUGUGGAUAUUUUGAAAAUAGUUAUUCAUUUAAAUGUUAUUACUACUAUGGAGCAGUAAUGUGUGUGGUUGUGGUGGUGGUAAUAUCAUCUUCAGAUUGAACUAUUCAGCUACAAUUUUUUUUGUGUCAGUGCUUCGAUAGAAGUAUACUAUUGUGAUUUUUGAGGGAUGUAUGGCUCUUAGAUUAUCAAGAUAGACUUUCAUUUCAACAAAUAGAAAGGGGAGUGAGCUAAAUUGUAUAAGUCGACAUUUAACAUGAACUGCUUGCAUUUAAGGAACUGUGACGUAACCUGUUUCUUUUUCAGCUGUCGAUUUUGGCAAAAAAGUUCCACUCUAGGUACUUUUUUCCAACUUCUUAGAUGUGCUGAAAUAUCUUCCUAACGACGAAAUUUCAGCUCUACUCAUGGAGUUAAAUCUUCUGUAGAUAUCCUCAGAAGUAUUUGGAGUACUUUGAUCUUUAUAUUAAAUAUUCAUUUGUAUAGUUUAUAUAUGCUGGAAGUUCAAUUUGGCUUCUGGCUUUUAGCCUAUGUUUACAGUCAUUCUAAUGAUAUAGAUCUUAGGAGUUAGAAUUUCGAAAUACAAUUUGUUGAACAUACUAAUAUUAUGGCUAUGAUUAAGAAGGCGGGCAGAAUUAGUUCCCUUCAAAAGUAAAGUUGAAUUUCUGUAUUAGCACAAAACCACUUAGAGUGGUCGCUGGAGAAGAAAGCUUGGACUGAUAAAAUGUAAAUUCGUCCUCUGCAGAUUCCAUUGUUUUAAAGCUGUUUAUUGAUAAAUGUUGUUGCACCAUAUAAUAUUGUGAUAUGCAUAAGGAGAUGGUCCAACCUGUAAGCAAACUGACUUUUCUUUUGGGCAUUGCCACUCCUUAGGGAUGGAAAGACUGAGCAGUACACUUCAAUUUGGUUUGUUCUGGUAGAAGGUUUUUUGUAACCGGUUGUUGGAAUAUUCAAGAUGCUGGUCCUUCCUAUCCUAGGUCAGCUUUCAGAUGAGUAUGGGCGUAAACCGCUUCUUCUUCUCACCAUAUCCACAACAAUUAUUCCUUUUGGUUUACUCACCAUCAAUAAGUCAAAGGGAUUUGUCUAUGCUUAUUAUGUCUUGCGGACAAUUUCUUAUAUCAUAAGUCAAGGGAGCAUUUUCUGCAUCUCUGUUGCUUAUGCGGCAGAUGUUGUUGACGAGAGUAGUAGAGCAGCAGUUUUUAGUUGGAUUACAGGCCUUUUUUCUGCAUCUCAUGUUAUGGGGAAUGUCCUAGCACGUUUUCUUCCUGUCGGCUACAUUUUCCAGGUUUCAAUAGGUCUCUUGAUCUUUGUUCCUAUUUAUAUGAUACUGUUUCUAGAAGAGACUGUAAGUCCAAAUACAGAGGUGAACCAAAGUUCGACAGUAAAGAGCAAGGCAUUGAAGGUUGUUCAGGAACGAUAUAAUUCGAUGAGAUAUGCUGCAAAUAUUGUCACUAGCAGUCCAACACUGAAGUGCAUUUCUCUCGUUUCUUUCUUCUAUGAGUUGGGAAUGUCCGGCAUCAGCAGCGUUUUGCUGUACUAUCUGAAAUCAGCUUUUGGCUUCAACAAGAAUCAGUUCUCAGAAAUUUUGAUGAUGGUGGGAGUCGGUUCUAUAGUCUCGCAGAUUGUGGUGCUUCCUCUUAUAAAUCCUCUUUUUGGGGAGAAAGUGAUACUUUGCAUGGCCUUGCUUUCAUCAAUAGCCUAUGCAAUGCUUUAUGGAUUAGCAUGGGCACCUUGGGUUCCAUACUUAAGUGCUUCUUUUGGGGUCAUCUACAUCCUUGUUAAACCCUCUACUUAUGCUGUUAUAUCCAAAGCGGCACUUUCAGCAGAUCAGGGCAAAGCACAGGGAUUUAUUGCUGGCGUUCAGUCAGUCGCGAGUUUGUUAUCUCCUAUUGUGAUGAGUCCAUUGACAUCGUGGUUUUUGUCUCGUGAUGCACCUUUCAACUGUAAAGGAUUCAGUAUACUUUGUGCAUCUUUAUGCAUGGUGGUUUCACUGUAUUAUGCUUGUAUGCUAAAAGUAGAGGCUCCAUCAAAGAAGACCUUCGACGAAAAUGCAGAGAACAUUGAAGCACCACUUUUGGCAUGAUACUUAAGACGUGUAACCAUUAUACCAAAAUUUUCCAAGCUAUAGUCCCCGAAGGCUGCAUUUACAAUGACAAUUAGUCCAGUCUUCCUACGAUAGAGUUGUAAAUCUUUUGAAGCUAAGUCUAAUCUAGGUUAGAAGAGGUGUAUUAGUCUUGAAAUCUAAUUUGAUCUGUUUGGUUAUUCUUCAAUGUAUCUCUUCAUUUUUUCGUCUCAAUUAAAAUGUUGGCUUGUACUUUGUACUCUCAACUUUACAUGGAAAUGGGAUUAUGGAUAUAUUGGUAAAUUCAA